AUGAGACGAUUAGUCCCGUCAUUAUGUCUGCUGGCGUACAUGACCAGUUUGGUCACCGGAAAUGAAAAACAAGAUGAUGCCAACCGGCAACGCUGUUCAGGAAUGUACAGUAAGAAAGCCUGGGGCGGCUCGAUAGACCCCUUUAUCCUCGUCAAAUUCUUGCCAGAUCAUACCGAGGGCGACUCCGAUCCCAUUGCGAGUGUCAUCAUAUUUGAGUGGCAGGAUGAAGGGCUGAUUGGGAGGCGCCCACCUGGUGACAAAACAUAUCUCGAAACCAUCUGCAACACCGACACUGUCAAGGCUGGCAUGUGUACUACCGAAGAGAUAGGCUCCUACAUAUUACAACCAAAUGCCACCGACAUCUCCAAGAGCCCGAUCAUAAAUGAAGCGAUCCAUCUCAAGGAUCCGAAGGCCCUCAACUACCCCAUCCGUCGUACAGGCUAUUAUUGCGUCUCUUCGUAUGCUUUCUCAAACAACGACUAUGGCGCAGUGGUCGAAUUCAGGAAUGCUUAUGGCGAGCUUCCUGCGGCCCAGAUAGCAAAGUUGCCCUUCUAUGGAGGCCUCACAAUCGUCUACGCCGUCUUGGGCGCUUUCUGGGCCUUCCUCUACGUGCAGAAUCGCUCUGAUAUCCUUCCGGUUCAGAAUUAUAUUACAGCAACGGUGAUAUUUUUGAUCAUCGAGCAGCUUAUGACCUGGGGCUUCUACGACUAUCAGAAUCGACAUGGCAACAAUGCUUUGAACAAGGCGUUCAUGAUUAUUGUCUCCAUUCUCAACGCAGGAAGGAAUUCUCUAUCGUUCUUCCUCCUUCUGAUCGUCUGCAUGGGUUAUGGUGUGGUCAAACCUUCUUUGGGCAAGACGAUGAUUUAUGUCCGCAUACUUGCGAUCGCACACUUCAUCUUUGGCGUUGUCUACGCCGUAGCAUCGAUGGCAGUCACCCCGGAAUCCGUUGGACCACUUAUUCUGUUCGUGAUCCUGCCGCUUGCGGGAACACUGACAGCCUUCUAUGUUUGGACCCUUUCCUCACUGAACCUAACUAUAAAAGAUCUGGUAGAUCGAAAACAAAAGACCAAAGCACUCAUGUAUAAGAAAUUGUCAUGGUGUAUUUUGGGCUCAAUCCUGGUCAUUUUCGCCUUCUUCUUCGUCAACAGCUUCGCAUUCGCUGGAAGCAGUGAAGCCAAUUUCAUUCCAGACCAUUGGCAAACACGGUGGUUUGUCCUUGAUGGCUGGCUCAAUCUGGUAUAUCUAUUUGAUAUUGCUUUUGUUGCCUAUCUGUGGCGUCCGACCGCAAACAACAGGCGUUUCGCUAUGAGUGAUGAGUUGGCCCAGGAUGAUGAUGGUUUUGAGAUCCGCAGCAUCGCCGAUUCUUUAUCCGAUGAUGAGGAGCAGGGUCGCAAAGAUGAGCAACGUGCUGUUCCUCCGACGGGUGGGGCGUCCACAUCAUUGAGUGACACACUCAACACCUCGUCAGUGAAAAGAGCGGACCCGGCCCCUGCCCUACAAAACAGUAGUAGAGCGCCGCCUCCGCGCCCAAGGGAAUCACUUGACGGCGAGACUAUUUUCGCGGUCGGCGACGACGGAAUCGAGUGGAGUGACGGUGAAGAGGAAGGUGACUCGGAUAACGAGAUGAGCAAACUAAAUCGCAAGGACACGAAGAACUUCACCUAA